ACUUCCUGCUCGGCCCCGAGAAGGCCCUGCCGGGCGGCGGCGACAACACAGGUCGAGCCAUGGUCGCGCUGGAGAACCCGGAGGGCGGCUCGGAGGAGGCGGUGGCGGCGGUGGGAAGCGCCCCAGGCGGGCGGCGGACGCUGCCCCUUCCGGGCUGCCUGCCCGCUCUAGCUGGCUCCCAGGUGAAGAGGCUGUCAGCCUCCAAGCGGAAACAACACUUCAUCAACCAGGCUGUGCGGAACUCAGACCUCGUGCCCAAGGCCAAGGGGCGGAAGAGCCUCCAGCGCCUAGAGAACACCCAGUACCUCCUAACCCUGCUGGAGACAGACGGGGGCACAGCUGGUCUGGACGAUGGGGACCUGGCCCCCCCGGCAGCACCCGGGAUCUUCGCAGAGGCCUGCAGCAAUGAGACCUACGUGGAGGUCUGGAAUGACUUCAUGAACCGCUCUGGGGAGGAACAGGAAAGGGUUCUCCGCUACCUGGAGGAUGAGGGCAAGAGCAAGACACGGAGGAGGGGGCCUGGCCGCGGGGAGGACCGACGGAGAGAGGACCCGGCCUACACACCUCGUGACUGCUUCCAGCGCAUCAGCAGGCGUCUGAGAGCCGUCCUCAAGAGGAGCCGCAUCCCCAUGGAAACGCUGGAGACCUGGGAGGAGCGGUUGCUGAGGUUCUUCUCUGUGUCUCCCCAGGCCGUGUACACGGCCAUGCUGGACAACAGUUUCGAGAGGCUCCUGCUUCACGCCAUCUGCCAGUACAUGGACCUCAUCUCAGCCAGUGCCGACCUGGAGGGCAAGAGGCAGAUGAAGGUCAGCAAUCGGCACCUGGACUUCCUGCCACCGGGGCUGCUCCUGUCUGCGUACCUGGAACAGUGCAGCUGA